AUGUCUCUCCAUAACCUGCCCACUGAGCUUCUUCUCAUGAUUGAGAGCAACCUAGAUUCCCCGAAAGACCUUAAUGCCUUGAUUUGCACGAGCUCACGAUUCGCCCUCCUGUUCGAUGACAAGCUGUACAAGAACCGUACAGCAAAUGAACAUCGUGACAUUAUCCUGUGGGCAGCUAAGCGAGGCCUCGAUAGCACAAUUCGCAAGUGCCUGAAUGCCGGUGCCAAGAUCACGCGGCGAGACAGAUUCAGAUCCCAUCUGGCCCAUCGCGAUGACCCCGAGGCUUUGCGCGUCAUCCCACGAAACCCAAAAUCACACCCCUUGACCGCAGCAGCGGAAAUCGGCUCGCUGUCUUGUGUCCGUCUUCUCCUUGACCAAGGCGUCAACCCCAACUUUCUUGACGAGCACUACGAGACUCCGAUGAGACAGGCUGCAGGAAAUGGCCAUGUCCACAUUGUUAAGCUCUUACUUUCUCACAAUGAGGCCGCAUUCACCGGUGCUUUCAAGCUGCGACGACCUCUGAAACUUGCUGCAGCUCGCGGUCAUUUACCCGUGCUCAAAGCUCUCUUCACUUUCCUCGAGCGUGACUAUCGGAACCUCACCGUCAAAGAUGCUGCGCAGAUCAUACUAUACGAGGGACUCUGGCACCGCCAAGGAGACGUCGUCAAAUAUGCACUCGAAAAGGGUGCCGAUGUGAAUAACGAAAAUUCAGAGUUCGUGUUGCGGUUUGCUCCUGAUUUGCGUCCAGAGGAACUCCCCGACAGACCACGACUCAAGCUACUCCAAGCACACAAGUGCAGAGAGGAAGUUCAAGGAGAUAGCACCCCUGGCUGGUCAUCCCAUGUACCUAAUACACUCCACGCUGCGCUCCUCGGUGGUGAUGCGGAUCUGGUUCAGUUGAUCCUCGACAACGGGUUUGAAAUGGCUCUGGUUAACCGCGCCGUGCAAGGACGCGAUAUUCCUGGGAAAUCCUGA